GGCCCGGGGAUAAGGGACGAACAACCCUGCCAGCCAGAAGUUCCUGGAGGAAUCUAGGGAUUUGCCCAUUAAAGAAGCUCCUUGACCCUUGUGUGAAGGAGAAGGUCUUGCAGCCUAAUACCAAGCACACCUUCCACUAGGGGGAUGGAGCCAUGGCAGGAGAUGCUGAUGGAGAAUCAGGACCUGUACCAAGAGAGACAGAAGGGAAAACCGCCAAGUGAGGCAGGAGCAGCCAGGAUAGAGCUACUGCAAAAAGGUUCUUCCCUAAACCACGGAGUGGAACAGCCAGAACCCCCAGGAGAAGGAAGAAAUGCCCAGGAGAAAGGUGAGAAACUGGGGCAAGGGGACACACCAAGUCAAGAGACUGCAGAUCCAACACAACAGAUGCAGAUUGGCAUCAGCAGAGCGGGUCCCCCCGAGCAGGAGGUGACUCCGAAAGGACAGGAUCCAGGGCCCACCUUAAAUCAUCCAGUCCUGGAUGGAGAUGGAAACACCUCCAGAGGAGAAGAGAUGCCAAGGGUCUUUCAAAGAGGUGCCAAGGAGGAAGUGGAGCCACCUGAGGAGGGGAGACGUGAGGAAGCCCUGAUGGGGGAGCUCUCUGAGCUGGUGCAGCAGGUGGUGAAGAGAAGCAGCUGGUGGGAGAGACAUGGCAUAGAUGACUGUAUCAUUGCCCUGAAUUUCCUCAUCCUUCCUGCAGGGUUCCUGUGUCUGCGUUCAGACAAUGCCCUUCCCUUCCUGUUGGGCAUCUUCAUCUUGGGCAUAGUACACCACACUAUAACAGUGAAAGGAAGCCACUUGGCCAGCCACAAUGCCUUGACGGAGUCCAAGUCUUGGGGGAAAGUUUGGGCCAUAUUCUUCCUCGAGGUUUGCUCAGCUUUCACAGCAGAGCAGGCAUACUACAACCAUGUGAAACUCCACCACGGUUACACUAAUGUUAUCAGACUAGGCGAUUCCAGUACUUGGAAGAUUCCUUUCUUGAACCGAUAUGUCUACAUGUUCAUUGCACCCAUUGCUAUACCUGUUUUAACCCCGCUAGUGGCACUUGGUUUGUUGAAGGAUGUUGAGUUGAAAACAGCUCUCCGGACACUCUGCUGCAUGUUUCUUGGUCUCUACUCCCAUUACUGGCUCCUGGUCAAUGUCUCAGGGUUCCAAUCAGUGUGGUCUGCCCUCAUCUGCAUGUUGAUCACACGAUCUCUCCUUGCCCACCCCUACAUCCAUGUUAACAUCUUCCAGCACAUUGGCCUCCCGAUGUUCUCCGCUGAUAAGAAGCCCAAGCGGAUUCACCUGAUGAGCCUUGGAGUUCUGAAUCUGCCCCGGAAUGCCCUGCUGGACUGGUCCUUUGGGCACUCCAUCAUCAACUGCCAUGUGGAGCAUCACCUUUUCCCAAACCUCUCUGACAACAUGUGCCUGAAGAUCAAGCCCAUAGUCUCCCAGUACCUGAAAAAGAAGAAGCUUCCAUACAACGAGGACUCCUAUAUCUCCCGACUACAGCUGUUCCUACACCAUUACGAGGAACUGAUGGUCAAUGCACCCCCGAUAUCUGAACUUGUGGGGAUUCAGUGAUAGGCUCUGGAACAUGACAGCAAGAGAUAGGGCUGUUUCCUGUGGGUCAUUAUAACAUCGGACAAGAUCAGGAAGUUUAAAACCAAAGACAUUGCCCUUAUAAAGCAAUCAAAGAGGAAACAAGUUUGCCUCAAGUGUCUUGCUUUUGGACAGAUGGAAAUACACAUAGAGACCAAGAAAUGCCACUAGAAUGAUAAACUGUGACUGAAUGGUGAUGGGACAGAAGGGAAUUCUGUAGCUCCAAUACAGUAGGAUCAAAUGUGAGUUUACCUGAGGUAUUAGUAGCUGGUAUCUAUUUUUCCACCAUUCUCUUUUAACUCUUGGACAGAUGUUGCUAUUGAUUCUUGUUUUCUUUACUGCUGUGUCUCUGGAACAGGACUGAGAGCACAACAAGAAAGUGAAUUCACAUCCUAUCCAACUCCAGUGUGCCAAAAGGACAGGAUGACUCGGGGACUGGCGGUGGGGCAGCCUUUAUCUCUAGGUCAAUGGUUCAAAUCCAGGCAAAGCUUGUAUUUUUGGAACAACUGAAAACUGGUUCCCAUCUGAUAGCUCUAGUGGCCUAUGUGAAUUGAGUUGACAGCUCCAGUUUCUCAGAGAAAGAUGCCCAUAUUACAAAACCCUAGUCAGCAGACUCAGUUGAGAAGCUGAGGAUGGAAUGGGCCAUAAAGACUGUACGGCUUUAAAGGUGGUCUCUCCAGAUUAAUGGAGGCACGUUGGUGGUGUGGUGUAAGAAAAACUUGCACUGCUGCAACCUAUGCUCUACCUUUUUUGUGGAUAAAUAAAUUCCUUCCAGGAGUGUGGAUUUGACAAAGCUAGCCAGAGCAGUUUGGGGGUGAGUUGGUGAAAAGUUUUUGUGCUGCCCUGAUCCCCAGUGCAACCGUGGUUUCACCCCAGUACAAAGAGCAGGAUGGAGGAUUUGCAGAAGUGUUAGAGAGAGGAUUCUUUGGGGUGAACUUCCAACUUAACUGGCUUCUGACAUGUAAAGUGUUUGUGUUGUGGGUGGUCAUGGUGGAAAUCACAAGGUUACCCCAGCUUCCUGCUGCAGACAUGGAACCCAACUGUUUGUCCUGGCCACUAUAUGUAGUCACCAACAUUGCAGAAAGUUUUGUAAGAGACAGUUAUCCAAAGAAGGCAGGACUCUGGGAGCCUGCUGGUUUCUAGCUACUGGAGGGCUUUGUGCUCAUUCAGGAAUUUUGCCAUAUACCUAAGGUGAAAUCCUGGCCUAUUGCAAAACUCUCAGUGACUUCAGUCGGGGCAGUAUUUCACCCCGGAUAUAUAGCAAUAUACAAAUGUUAAGGGUAAAAAUGUUCAAAAAUGCCUAAGUGAUGUAGGAUCAGAGUCCCAAAAUGUUGCCGUAGGUACUUAAUCAUCCCGACACAUCCUGCAAGAUAGUUACCUGUUGUUACCCCAAUUUAACAAACAGGGGAGCUAAGGCAGAGAGAUUAAGUUAUCUCGAUAAGAGGAAGUUGGUGUCGGAGCCAGGCUGAGAAUGCAGGAGAACCCCUGGUCUCAGUCCUGUACUUAAUUCACUGCUUAGCUGCCCCUUUGUGCAGCCAGCUACCACACGAUCUGGGAGAGGGCUUGGCUUGCAGCCACCUCAUGUCAUCAGGGGCAGCUGGGAUGCCACAGCCCCCAAGAGCCAAGAGCUACUCGGAUAUUCGCUCUAGAAUUGAGGGACCUGUGGCGAUGGUGUUCUGAGCCAAUGGACCAGUCCUGGGUGUGUAGAGGAGUCCAGGGUAACCUGUGAUCUUCAAACGAAAAGUCUGUGGCAAGCUUUCAUCCCUAGCUACUGGGUUACAUGAUCAGAGCACUUUGCGAGGAAAAGGGGAAGAAGCUUGAGAGAAGAGAUUCUCUCCUUUACACUACACGGCACAGUUCCUUCACACUUGGGAUGGGAUAGGGCAGAGGGAUAGCCCUAGGAUCCACAAGCCCCUUAGGUUGGCUCUGCAAUUUGGCACCUUUCGCCAGCACCAAAUUGUGUGUGAAAGGACUAAAAUACUGUGCGAGCCCAGGUCUAACUUCAUUUUCCACUGUCCUCAGGGAGAGACACAGGAAGCCUCCCUUCCUUCUGCUGUAAAAUCCUAGAGGAUGAACAUCAGAACCAGCCAGUAGUAUUGUUGGAGGGUGGGAAGAGGGGGCAGUGACUACAUUGUGCUAAGACUGCCUCUCAAAGCUUUCUGAAAAACGGCAAGAGGCAAAUUCCUCUUCUGCCCCUUUUGGGUUCUGGGCCAAGAAGCUAUUAAUAUUUAUCCACUUUAACGGAUUAAUUUUCCAUGUUAAGAAAAGGCAAGAUAACUGCAGGUAAGGCAGCACUGCCUCCACCGUUCCUAACACUUUGUCUGCUGUGUGGCUAAUGCAAAGAAAAAUGCUCAUUCAGCAAGAAGCAAAUCCUAAAACCCAAACUGCCUCUUACAAACCAUUCUAAAUGGGCGAUAAAGUUCUCUUAUUUAUCUUUGUCCUCAGUUCUAGAAAGCCAUUACAAAGGCAAAUUCUUUGGUCGCCUUCUGUGGGCCAAAUCCUGCAGUCAGUCCUUUUUCAGGCAAAAUUACCACUGGAGUCAAGGAAGAAGGAUUGAAAGAUCUGGCCCUGAGAAUAUAGUGGUGGGGGUGAAGCGUGUGUGUGUGGGAGGGGUAGGGAGUGGGUCUUGUGUUGGAAUGUGCAUCUAAGAAGGGCUAUGCUAGAAUAUCUGUGGCAUUUAUCUUGCCACGGUUUACCAAGACCUCACAUCUUGACAGGUGGAGGCCUUUCCUUUUCUUCACUGAGCGUGAAUUUCACCUCAGCACAGGGUCAGGACCAGGCCUAUCCACAGCCUAAGUCCCCUUGGCCCAGUGCACAGGAGUGAAUUUCACCCUGAAUGCAGUUCUGCACCGGUGUCACUCCAUUGGUUUGUGUAGUUACUCCUGAUUUACACCACCAUAAGAGGAGAAUUGGGCCCUGUGGUUGCACUUGUGAGAUCAUCCAAGGAUGUGCAGUUGAGUCACAGAGUUAAGCUCUAACAGACCUUUUCCAUCGAUAAUGUUUAUGAUUCCGUUAUUAAAUGCUUCAUUAAUCCUGAUGGCCAAUUUAUGCUAAAAUUUGCAAUGUUAAUGGAGCUCCCAGUUCCAGCGAUAGCAGGAGAGAGGCUAAUCCCACUACCAGAUGCUACUAUGGUUAUUACAGCACAGUUUGGUAAGAAGUGGAUUUGACAGAAACCUGGUGGGAAAAGAAAUCCUGAGGACAGAAAAUGCUAUUUUUUCCUCCACUAAUAUGUACAAAAGCUGAUAUCCCAUCAACCUAUGGAUACGCUAAGCACCAGUGGGAGCAAUGGCUGUUUUCAGUAGUUCUCCAUUACAAGGGCAUCCUUACCUACAGAGCCACCUAGAGACUGAAAGUGGCAAUUACUAGGGUCUAAGGAAGACAGUCUGUAGCGUAGGAACUCUAUUGAUUAUUCACUGCCCAAAAACCUUAGUGCUGAGGUUAAGGUUGGGGUGUGAAUUUUCCCUAGCACUGCAUCAAAAAAGCUGUAAGAAUCUGAAAGUGGUAUGGCCAGCUCCGUGUAAAUGGGCCGUAAUUUGGGAAUCCCUUGACCAAAUGACCUCAACUUUGAUCUAGAGAUCAAAGAUCUACAUCAGCCUCUCUUGUGACCUACCAGUUUUCAAGAUAAUCUCCCUGUACACAUGGGUUUUAGAGCAAUUUGAAUAUUAAACUCAGCUCCUUAUUGAGGGGGCUGUGCCUGAAGAACCACUGGGCCAACUGAUCUCAGACUGGCACCACUCACUCUAUCCCUGGCUCUGACAAGGCAUAACAAUUCUCAAAAUAAUCUGAGUAUAUAUGUAGCUUUUAGAGCAAUUUGAACUGUCAGCUCUUAAACCAUACAGUGGUGGGGUGGCCUGUGCCUUGAAGGGCCGGAGGUCUGGACCUGGCCAGCCCCUGUACAAUUAAAGAAGUAUGGAUUGGAUGAAUGGACUAUAAGAUGGAUAGAAAACUGGCUAAAUCUUUGGGCUCAAUGGGUAGUGAUCAGCGAUUUUGUUCAACAUCUUCAUUAAUUAUCUAGAUGAUGGGAUGGAUUGCACCCUCAGCAAGUUCAUGGAUGAUACUAAGCUGGGGGGAGAGGUAGAUACACUGGAGGGUAGGGAUAGGGUCCAGAGUGACCUUGGAGGAUUGGGCCAAAAGAAAUCUGAUGAGGUUCAACAAGGACAAGUGCAGAGUCCGGCACUUCGGACAGAAGAAUCCCAUGCACUGAUACAGGCUGGGGACCGACUGGCUAAGCAGCAGUUAUGCAGAAAAGGAUCUGGGAAUUACAGUGGGCGAGAAGCUGGAUAUGAGUCAGCAGUGUGCCCUUGUUGCCAAGAAGGCUAACAGCAUACGGGGAUGCAUUAGUAGGAGCAUUGCCAGCAGAUCGAGGGAAGUGAUUAUUCCCCUCUAUUCAGCACUGGUGAGGCCACACCUGGAGUACUGCUUCCAGUUUUGGGGCCCCCAUUACAGAAAUGAUGUGGACAAAUUGGAGAGAGUCCAGUGGAGGGCAAUGAAAAUUGUUAGUGGGCUGGGGCACAUGACUUAUGAGGAGAGGCUGAGGGAACCGGGUUUAUUUAGUCUGCAGAAGAGAAGAGUGAGGGGGGAUUUGAUAGCAGCUUUCAGCUACCUGAAGGGGGGUUCCAAAGAGGAUGGAGCUCUGCUGUUCUCAGUGGUGGCAGAUGACAGAACAGGGAGUAAUUGUCUCAAGUUGCAGUGGGGAGGUCUUGGUUGGAUAUUAAGAAAAACUAUUUCACCUAGCAGGUGGUGAAGCACUGGAAUGGGUUUACAUAAGGAGGUGGUGUAAUCUCCAUCCUUAGAGGUUUUUAAGGUCCGGCUGGACAAAGCCCUGGCUGGGAUGAUUUAGUUGGGGUCGGUCCUGCUUUGAGCAGGGGGUUGGACUAGAUGAACUCCUGAGGUCUCUUCCAACCCUAAUCUUCUAUGAUUCUAUAAAUUAGCCCUGCUUGCCACAUCUGGGACGAGCUAUGGCUGGGGUUUAAUUAGUAGAUCCAGCUAGGUAGGGAGGAGCUGAUUCUCUUAUAAGGAGCAACAGGAAGUUACAGCAGUGGGAAUGUUCAGGAAGCUGUAGAGAGUGAAAAAAGUUCCUGUAGGGGAGUUGCUUGAGGUAGGAAGGUCUGAGAAUAGCCAAUUAAGGGAGGAAGGACCCUGGGACACCAGAGAGGUGUCCAGUUUAAGGCGGGGGAGAAAAAAAUGUUUGUGUUUAUUUUUAAACUUUAAAUUAACAAACGAAACACUAAGGAGGGAUGUUUUCAUUGAAUUUAUGAAAGCUUCUGGGUCUGGGGGUGUUUAUUUAGGAAGCCCCUUGGAGGGGGAAACUGAGGCAGACCCCAUGCAGAGUGAUCUCUGGCCAUGAGGGAGCAUUUGGCAAGCAGCCAGCCUGGUGACACAUGCUGUGUUCUGUGGCCAAACUUCCAAAAGGAGCUGCUACAGAAUGGAGGUAGAGAGGUCCAGAUCUUCAGAAGUAUUUAGGCGCCUAACUCCCAUUGAAAUCAGAACAACUAACUCUGGUGGGCCAGAGCAACUCAUGUGCACCAUACUCAUUCCCAGAAAGCUGCCAAGUGAUUUUCAAGGUAAUGUAAGAAACCAUGUGGAUUGUAGGACUCUUGGAAUAACCAGCUGUUAAACAGUAAGCUAGUUUCAAUCUUAACUGUAUGGCUGCUACGAGCCCCACUGUAACAACUUGGUGGUAGAAAUCCAUCUUCUGUUGCUUGAUGAUUUAGGGUUCUGUAAAGAGUGUGCCUUGUGAGGAAGGGAAGGGCCAGUGCUUCAUACUGGCCAGCAAUGUAAUAGAAGUGGGGACCCCCUGAGGAUGAAAGACAAUUGGUGAAACCAAAUUCUGCCAGUACCAAAUCCUGGGGUGUUGGCUGUGAAGGACCAAGAGUUACUGCAUAAUGUGGCUGUAAAUGUCCUGGUGAGAAAGAGGGUGUGUUCAGGCUGAUGGGUGUGUAGGAAGCACAAUGAAACUCCAGGCAGAAAAGUUACUAGCCCGGGAAUAAAGUGUUAAAAGACAAAUUGCCUGAGGGCACCAUGGAGGCAAAGGAGAAGGUGCUAGGAGCCCCAUCCUCACUGGUGCUUCUGCUCCAAGGUAGCCAGAAUUUGCCCCCCGGCCCUUGUUGAGCAUAGGAGGAUGGUGCUAAUGCUGGCAGCCCUGAGUGGGCAGGAACCGAUUCUCUUUGUGCAUUGGCAGGUAUCUGGAUGAUGGUACUGGGGGUCAAGGCCGUCCCUGGGAGGGUGCGGGGCCCAGGACCAAUCAGCCUGUAUGGGUUCCCCCUAACAUUUUUUAUACAGGUGAAAUCUGGUGUAGGGAGGGGACACCAGUGCUGGGGGGCAAGGGACGAUGGAGAGUUACAGGGUGGCACCUGUGCUGGGGUGAGGGAGCCCCCUGUGCUGGCAGGUCCCAGAAAAGGGAGGGGUCCGGGGCAGAAGGACAGUGGAUGGGGUCAGCCUGGCACUGGCAUGUUUUGGCAGUGCUAGGACGCUGUUGGUGCAGCGGCGGGCGAUGCUGGGAGCCGGUGGGGCGCAGCGGGGCGGGCUGUGGUCGCUGCUGCCAGAGACCGCCCGCGAUGGCAAGGAAGAAGAAUAAAUACGAGGCAUCCCUAAACCCACCUCCCUCAGGGCUGGCCUCGCACGACACACGCACACUGAAGCAUGUGGCCCAGAGCGGUCACCCUGAUUUGCCAAGGGAUGGCUCUGCUGGGGGAGGGCAUGGUCAGCUAGUGGGCAUGCUCUGGUCAGUGAUCAUGCUCCUGUUAUGGAUGAAUAGUUUUCUGCACAACUGCUCAUGCAGUGCACCUCCUCCCAUCUCCAAAAUGCAGGUUGGACUUAGUUUGCUCCUUACUUGGCAACUAAACACCAGAGGACUUAAAGAAAAGACACUUAGGUGCCUAAGUCCCAUUUUCAAAAGUGAUGUAAGGGCUCAGGAGCCUAAGUCUUUUUGAAAGUCAAUGAAAUCCAUGGAAAUUAGAUGCCUAAGGGCUUUUGAAAAUCCCACAAGGCACUUACAUGCAUAUUUAGGGGCCAAAAUACCUUUAAACAUCUGUCCCUAGUGAAAAUGUUACCCCUCGUCUAUUGCUCUGGUGCGAAUGUAAAAUUGAUUUUUCCUCAAAGCAUGCUCUCCUGUGCUCUGUCCUGGGAGCUUAAAUUCAUAACUCUGCUAGACACUAAAAAUCAUGGCUGAACAGAGACACUAGAUUUAUGUUUUAUUACAACAAUCUGUAACCUGCUAACCCACUCUUUUUGUCCUAUGACUGCAGAAGUGUUAAUAGGCCACUCUACCUUGAAUGGUCCCUUACAAUAUGUGCUAAACAAUCUGUUCUACCUUGCAUUUUGCUGGGAUGCUGGGCGUACCUUUUUCCCAGACCUGAAGAAGAGCUCUAUGUAGCUCAGAAGACUUGUCUCUCUCACCAACAGAAGCUAGUCCAAUAAAUGAUAUUACCUCA